AUGCCUGCUGUUACCGCUACUGCUCCUGUUACUCCUUCCCCUGCCUCUCUCAAGGGACCUGUUGAUGGUCAAGUCGAUGUGGCUGCUCUCUUUGUCGCUGACAAAGCUACCCGCGAUGCAGCCGCAAAGGCUUUGGCCUCGGCCGUGCAAAAUGAUGGCCCUGCUGCCAUUGCCGCUGUCGGUUUCAAUGAAGCCGCAGUUAAGGCUCUUGCCGACAAAAAAUCCGCUGCUGCCCGUGAGGGCGCGGCCGAUGCUGUAGUUGCCCUUGCCAAGGCGGGCGCUACCAAGGCCCUUGAACCCACUUUCGUUGAUUCUGGUCUUUGCGCUGCUCUGAUUGAGGGCUUCGCCGACAAGAUGCCUGCCCCUCGUAACGCAGCCGUUGAGGCAGUUCGGGAGUUUGUUGCCUCCAUGAACCCCUGGGCUACCGGUCUUCUUCUUCCCGCACUCCUUCACGAAAUUAAAACUGCCGGUAAAUGGCAAGUAAAGACUGGCGCACUUAUUGUCCUCAACCAGCUCGUUGUGUCUGCGCCCCUUCAAACUGCUCGCCUGAUGCCCGACAUCGUUCCUAUUCUUGCUGAAGCUAUCUGGGAUACCAAGGCGGACGUGAAGAAGGCUGCACGCGAUUCUCUUACGAAGGCUACUGCAUUGGUCUCGAACAAGGACAUUGAACGCUUUAUUCCAGCUCUUAUUAAAGCUCUCAUAAAUCCGGUUGAAGAGGUGCCGAAUACCGUUCAGCUCCUCUCGGCUACCACAUUCGUUUCCGAAGUCGAUUCCGCUACUCUUUCCCUCAUGGUUCCCCUUUUGUCUCGUGGUCUCUUAGAGAAGCUUACGGCUACGAAGCGUAAAGUUGCAGUUAUUGUCGACAACAUGGCCAAGCUCGUGGACUCUCCUGUCACUGUCCGUCCAUUCUUGCCCAACCUACUCCCUGGCUUGAUCAAGGUCGAGACCACCAUCGGUGACCCCGAGGCUCGUGGCGUGGUUGGCAAAGCCAUUGCCACUCUCCGCCAAGUCGGUGAAGUUCCCGCUGAUAGCGAUGGUACCGACCUCCCUGCUUUGAAAGUUGCGGAGGCAUCGCAGCUUACCUCGUCGCUCGCUGCCAUCUACAAGAAAGCAGGCGCUGCUACUCCCUCCGCCAAUGAUGCUUCUACCGUCUACGUCUCACGCCUUGCUGCUAACCUCGUUAACGCCAAGAACUUCGACGUUCCUGAGUGGGACACACUUGCUCCUUACGUCGCAUUCGUUGCCUCCACUCCUGACCCUAUCUCCAUUGCGAGGGAAUGGGUUGUUCGCUCUGCCAGCGAUGACAUUGAGGACGAUACCGUCCCCGAUGACGAGGAGGAGGGUGAGGACCUGUGCAACUGCCAGUUCUCUCUUGCCUACGGUGCAAAGAUUCUCCUGAACACCGCUACCCUCCGCCUCAAGCGAGGUCACCGCUACGGCCUCUGCGGUAAGAACGGUACAGGGAAGUCAACCCUCAUGCGUGCCAUCACCAACGGACAGGUUGAAGGCUUCCCUUCUCCCGACGAGGUUCGCACCUUCUAUGUCGAGCACGACAUCGAUGGCAGUGAGGCCGACACGUCGGUCCUUCAGUUCAUCCUUUCUGAUGACCGCAUUCUUGCUGACGAGGCUGAGGUUAUCGAGACCCUCGCCUCUGUCGGCUUCAGCGAUGAGCGUCAGAAGGACGCCAUCGGGAGCUUGUCAGGUGGAUGGAAGAUGAAGCUUGCCCUCGCUAGGGCCAUGCUUUUCAAGGCUGACAUUCUCCUCCUUGACGAGCCUACCAACCACUUGGAUGUCGUCAACGUUGCUUGGCUCGAGAACUAUCUCGUCGGCCUGAAGACCUGCACUUCCAUUAUCGUCUCGCACGACUCUAGCUUCCUCAACAACACGAUCACCGAUGUCCUUCACCUCAACCGCUUCAAGGUCAAGAGAUACCGUGGUAACCUUGAGGCCUUUGUCAAGAUUGUUCCUGAGGCGAAGUCUUACUACACCCUUGAGGCCGCUGAGGACUACAAGUUCAAACUCCCCGAUCCUCCUUUGCUCGAGGGUGUCAAGACCAAGGAGAAGAGCUUGCUCAAGAUGCGCAAGGUUGGCUUCCAGUACCCCACGCAAGCCGUCCAGCAACUUUUUGAAAUCAAUCUCCAAGUCUCUCUUUCGUCUCGUGUUGCCGUUCUCGGUCCCAACGGUUCGGGCAAGUCGACCCUAGUCAAGCUCCUCAUUGGCGACAUGGAGCCCAACAAGGGCGGUGAAAUUUGGAAGCAUCCUAACUUGGUCAUCGGUUACGUUGCUCAGCACGCCUUCCACCACAUUGACCACCACCUCGACAAGACUCCUCUCGAAUACAUGCUCUGGCGUUACCAGACUGGUGAGGAUUUGGAAGAGAUGCAGAAGGCUAGCCGUCAAAUUACUGAGGCUGAAGCACAAAAGAUGAAGGAUGGUGCCCUUUACGUUCACGAGGACGGUUCGAAGAGGUUGAUCGAAGAGAUCGUUGCGCGCAAGAAGUUGAAGCAAUCCUACGAGUAUGAGGUUUCUUUCAAGAACAUGAGCUCUUCAGAGAAUGUGUGGAUGCCUCGUGACGAACUCAUCAAGCGUGGCUACGAAAAGAAAGUGCUUGAGGUGGAUACCCGUGAGGCCCAGCGCCUCGGUCUCUUGCGCCCUCUCGUCCGUCGGGAGAUUGAGAAGCACUUUGCUGACUUCGGUCUCGAGCCUGAGUUUGUCUCGCACAACAGUAUGAGGGGUCUUUCUGGUGGUCAGAAGGUCAAGAUCGUUCUUGGCGCUGCUACUUGGCGCCGGCCUCACGUCAUUUGCUUGGAUGAGCCCACUAACUACCUCGACCGUGAGUCGCUUGCUGCGCUCAUCGAAGCCUUGAAGGUCUUCGAGGGUGGUGUCCUCGUUAUCACGCACAACAGGGACUUCUCCGAGUCCCUCUGCCACGAGGUUUGGGCCAUGCGCGAUGGCCAUCUCGAGGCUUCCGGCCACAACUGGGUUGAGGGCCAGGGUUCUGGUCCCCGCAUUGACAAGAAGGAUGGUGAAGAGGAGGUUCAAUAUGAUGCCAUGGGCAACAAGAUCGACAACAAAAAGGCCAAGAAACUUACGUCUGCUGAGCAACGCAAGCUCAAGAAGGAGCGCAUGGCUCGUAAGAAAAGAGGUGAAGAAGUCACCGACGAUGAGCUCUAAGUUACCUUCUAGUGUCGUUGAUAUGUUCUUGUAUUCUCUUCAU